AAUGUUUACAUUUUGUAUAUUCAAAUGGGUGAGGAUAACUAACUGCAUUAUAAUGAUCAUCUGCUGCAUAUGUCAAAGGUGUCUAGACCAUAAAAUGCUUGAUAUGCAUAACAAUAUCCAGACAUGCUUUGUUUAUACCUCAGGGGCCUUCAGCUUUUCUUUAUCACCCAUAAUUCCUGUCGCUGCACAUGCACACUGGGAAAGGUUUAAUACAUGGAGGGCAGGCUGUACCACCAAGUAUGUGAAAGUGGGGGAGCAGCAGUUUGCUUACAUGGAGAGGGGCCGGCCCAGUAAGGACCAACCUUCACUGCUCCUCAUCCACGGGUUUGCAGACAGGAAGGAGAGUUACUGUGACAUGAUCAUGCACCUGCCCAAACACCUGCACCUGAUUGCUGUAGACUUACCUGGACAUGGAGACACCGGCAUCAAGGCGAAGGCUGACCUGACUGUAGAGGCCUACGCUGCCAAGCUGCACCAGUUCGUCAGUGCGGUUGGCCUUGACAGUGACCCUCUGCAUGUCGUCGGACACUCCAUGGGUGGUGGCCUUGCUGGGUGCUAUGCAGCUUUUUAUCCUGAAGCUGUGUCCUUACUUACUAUGUCAGGUCCUGGUGGUGUUAAGUCCCCAGUGCAGAGUCUCAUGUUUGAAAAGGUCGCCCAGGGAUACAAACAAGUGAUGGUUCCUGAGACUGUGGAGCAGGCAGUGGAGAUGUUUAAUAUCUGUCUGUACAACAAAUCACUCAUACCUCCUAAACAGUUGGUGAAAGGAUUUUUGGACUGCUACAUGUUACCUCGUUUAAGCUUCCUAAAGGAAUUGUUUGAUGCCAUACUGGAACAGCAAGAUGGCUUAACCCCUUACCUGGGCAAGAUUUCUGCACCAACACAGUUGAUGUGGGGAAGACAUGAACAGGUACUGCACAUCACCUGUGUGGAUGUGAUACAGAGAGAGAUGACAGCGCCCCUGCAGGUGGAUAUCAUUGAGGACAGUGGACACACCAUUCCGGCAGAGUCUCCUGAAAAGGCUGCAAAGUUGAUGUUGGGCUUUAGAGAUAAAUUUGUCAAUAAGCAGAACAAAAGUUAACAAUAACUGUCAAAUCCCAUACAAGGUUGGAAAUUAUACAAUGAUAAAGGUUGUGAGAUAUUUGCCCCUUGAUAUUUAUGCCAUCAUGAAAGACAUGUGAUUAUUUCAUUAUUUAUUUGUUUGUUUGAACCUUUGUUUAUUCAUGAAAUCUGCCUGCAGGUUGCAUUUCGUUGAGGUCCUAAGGGAAGAAGUAAGGGUCAGACAAAGUAUAUACACUCAGUUUAUAUCAUUUAAAGUACUAAAUGAGUAUAUAUUAUGCAAUUUGUCAGCAUUAGGUAUCGAAUAUUGAAAUAUCAGUGCAGCUCUCCAGCUGAGUUGCCUGCAAUGGACCAUAAUCAGAUUACUUAAGUUAGUACGUAAUAAUGCUCUUAGUUCAUUUUAUUGUAAAGUAAGUUUAAAAGCCAUCAAAAGCUUGUCAUGUCCAGUCUAAUGCACAAACCACAGUGGGAUUUGCCUCAUCAAAAUCAUGCUUUGGAAGCACCUCCAUCUAAUAUUACAUUGGGGAAAUUUGCUCCCUGGUUCGAACCAUUCCAGUAAUUAUUACACGUCUGCCAGUUUGAUAGAUCACAGCUUGGAGGGAAAUCCCAGCACAAUGAGUGGGGAUAUGUUAUGACGCACGCCGAACAAGUUCAGCAGACUGGGGUGAUGGAUAACGUUUGUACAGGACAAUAGAUUAAGCGAGCAUAGCCUGGAGAUGGACUCAUAGAUCUUUGUAAUCUGCGGUGCUCCAUUUUGUACAACACCUACAGGACCGGUACCAGUAGUGUUGAGCUACUUCUGUCAGGAAUGUCAAUGGGUUGGGGUACAAUAUAUACAAAUAUAUAAGUAGCUACAAGAAGCCUCUGGCCAGUGUUUUAUACCUUCCCUUUGCACAGUGUUUUAACAGUUUGGUGACAAGCUUAGGCAUCAGGGAGAAGGUUUGACUAUAAAUUACAGUGUAAUAUUAAUCUCCAUACCAAUAUUAGGCUUAUUAUCAUUAUCAAUGAAUUGAGACAAACAAGUCAGCAGAGGGAGAGUUCAUUUCUCAACUCUCUGUUUCUGAGAAAAGCUUUAAGAUGAAUGGAAUUACCUUUAUGUACUACAUGUAUAUCAAUUACAUUUUUAGGGUAUCAUAUUGACUAUGUGACUGUAUUUAUUAAAGAUGAUGCAUGAAUUUGAAGCAAAA